AUGCAUGAAAACGUAACACAAGAGCUAAUUUGGAGCAGUCCAUACGAGGGACCGCAACAAAUGUCUUUUUCGAGUGAAGGUACAGCACCUGUAGCAUCUGGAAACAAAAGUCUAAAACGAAAAUUAUCUUCUGAAACUUUUGAAAGCAAACCAAACCGAUGCUGUUGGGAUAACGAAGCGGACACGUGUCUAUUAUCAUAUCUAAAACAAAAUAAAGAUAAAAUAUUAAAACUGAAUAACCCUCAUAGUAGUGUAAAAGAGGGACUAUGGUAUGGUGCCUCUGAGUGGAUGUCCAACUUUGGCUUUAAUUAUUCAGAGACACAGUGUUACAAUAGGUGGAAAAACAAUAAGCAGCACUACACGAGCGAUAUCUUUCUAUUAGAAAGAAUUCCUGAGCCGGAAAAGAACACGGGACGAUGUAACUGGGGUUACGAAGCAAAUAUUUGCUUACUAAAAUAUUUGGAACGAAACAAAAAAAAAAUUCGACAACUAAGUAACCCUCAUAGCAACGUAAAAGAUUCACUCUGGGGUGGUGCCUCUGAUUGGAUGCUCGUCAAUGGCUAUAUUUAUUCACAGAAACAGUGUUCCAAUCGGUGGAAAAAUGAUAAGCAACAAUACAAUGUAAGUUAUUUGUUUUUUUUAAAAAAAGAAAAAUGUAUGUUUAUAAAAAUGAAAUUUUUUUGAAAGGGUAUUAAUAAUGGAGAUGGUCAGUUCAAGGCCACCAUAAUAAAAAGCAUCCUUGGACAAUGUUGCAUGUCUUUACAUUGCCAGGAUGAGUGAGGAAACAAGACCAAUAGAAUGAUGCGUUGCCACAAAAUUUUUUUUUUUGUAAAAAUGGGAAUUGUCACGAUAAGACUAUUUCAAAUCUGGCAAUGAAAGGUCACGUGCUUUUUGUGACGUUUUUUGAUGGGUACACUUCAUAGUUAACAUGAACAUGUUUUCAUUUGUGAAGGUGUAUUUGGAUCAUUCCCAAAUUCCACGUUAGAUCUUUAUAAAAUGAAAAAUGCUUAUAAUAGUAUGACAAUUUAUUUUAGAAAAA